CUAAGAUGAUGAAACCCACAGCGAAAUCAAUUGAGAGAGUUGGUCGGUUCUUAAGGAAGAGCCUUGGGAGCAUCAAGUCCACUAUCUGCUUUGGUAAAUACCACAACUUACCUAACAACAACACUCCACUCUUGAGCCCCUUCUCAUGCAGUCUUCACCGUAGCUGUCCACAAGAUUCCCAAACUGAAGAAACCUACAGCGUUAUCUCUUGUGAGAGCACGGCUGUUGCAGAAACCAGAGAUGAGAGUCUCAUCAACAAAAACCAACAGAACAAGAAACCGAAGAAGAAGAAGGUUGCAAAGCCAUUGGAGGAAGCUAAGAGGAGAGGUGACAUGUUGGCGCAAAAGAUGAAAGAUUACAACAUGGUGGAUCUCAGAGACGUGGAGCAUGCUUCUGAUGUACAGGAAGCGCUUAGAUGCUAUUCAAGCAUUAGAAGCCCUGUGUAUCUUGAUAUUGUUGAUAACUUCUUCAUUGACAUGUACUACGAGUUCUCUGAUCCGCUCACUACUUCCAGUAUCAAGGGUACAAGAAGAAAAGCUGGCUCCUUCAGGCUCUAAGUCCCCUCUCGAUCAGCUUACUAGCUUUCAGGCUAGGGUGAAGUUUCUCUCGUUUAGAGUAUCCACUUUCCUAAGACAUGAUGUUGUCCAUUACGCAGCUCAAAAUUUUCUGUUACAUCCUUGUAUAAAGAAACCUGCACCUUCAGUUACUUGUUACGGCCUCAUCUUAUAGGGUCUUAUGUUAUUAUCAAUGCAACAUAUAUUUGUCUUCAAGUUAAUGAUAAACAACAGCUUCUAAG